AAACCAACGUGACAUAUAAACAAUAUUUAAACACCGAUACAAUCUACUUUAUCAGUCUAAUAUCGGCUACAAUCGAUCUAAUACAAACUGGAAGGUGUAAAACUAUACUUUAUUAUUAUAGUGAGUGUGCAGUGAGAAAAUAGCACCUGGAAAGUUAUUAUUGAAUUAAAGUACAGGAGUCAAUCAAGUAAUUUGUUCUUGAAAAAUAUCAGUGUUCAUUUCAAUAUCUACCACGCAAUAAUUAUUUCAAAAUGUGAUAUUUUUUAUAUCGGACAUCGUAUUGGGAAAAGUUCUACGUUAAGAUGACCGUGCCUUUGGUAAUACCAAUAGCUGGGGCUGUAUGUGGUACCUUACUUGGAGCUGUUAUAGCAUUUGUUGUCUGGAGAAGAUGUGUUACUAGACGCAGGAAAAAUUCUACUUACGAGAAAAUAGUAUCAGAUCAUAAAGCUAGAAUACAAGUUGAAAAUGGACAUCAUGUUCCCAUGUCGUCCUCUGUCAGCAUGCGACAAAUACCUUUCACUGUUCCAAAUCAAAGUGUCGAUGUACGUCGACUGGCCAGAGGAUCGUCUGAGGAAUAUCAACCUUCAGGCGGAUUAUCAGAACCGACAUCGCCUUGUGUAAAAAGACCAUCUGUAGAAAUUCCAGGUGCAUAUGCCUUAGGAUCAAUAGACCCAAGUUUGUAUAAAAUUGUUGAUGAGGAUGACACUUACGAAAUACCUGUAGAUCAUAUAGGGCGUUUGUGGUUUGCUGUUGAAUAUGAAAGAGAGACAGAAAAAUUACUAGUGACUUUGAUAAAAGCCAAAAAUUUACCAACUCGUCAAUAUGGAAACAAUAGUAGCUGUGAUCCAUUUGUCAGAAUAUAUUUAAUGCCAGAUGAGCGCAGAUACCUUCAGUCAAAAUUUAAGAAGAAAACAAACAACCCAAAAUUUGAGGAGAGUUAUGUCUUUCAGGUUUCCCACAGAACACUUCAGGAUAGAGUAUUAAAAUUUACAGUAUACGACGUUGAUCGUCAUAAAAGACAUAAUGUGAUUGGUCACGCACUCUAUCAACUAAAAGAUUUUGACGGUGAAAGUAAUGAAAGACUUGUAGUAUGGCGGGAUUUGGAAAAAGAGGUUACCGAAAGUGCCACAGAUAAAGGAGAAUUAUUCGUCUCAUUGAGUUACAAUAACAGUUUAGAAAGGCUCACUGUCGGUAUAUAUGAAGGAAAAGGCUUUAACACAGAUUCACCAUGUGAUUCGUAUGUGAAAAUUUGCUUGUUGGUGCAAAACAAAGUACUGAAGAGUAAGAAAACAGAAGUUGUCAAGAAAACGGACAAUCCAAACUUUAGUGAAUCGUUUACAUUUAAGUUGCCAGUUUCAAAUCUAGAUUCUGCCAGUAUAAACAUAACGGCUAUGCAACACCAAAGUGGAUACAAAGAUAAAGUAUUUGGACGGGUUAUUCUUGGCUCAUUUAUGUUUGCACGUGGACGUGAAUUAGAUCACUGGAAUGAAAUGGUGGCCAACCAAAGAGAACAGACAACUCAAUGGCAUAGCCUUGUUUGAAUAUUCACGAUGGUUCUAAUAAUUCAAAGUCACAAAAGUUGUGACAAGUGAUUGUACCAUAAUCAAAAGAAUCGAUGUAUUAUGUAAUUAAGGAUCAAUUGUAAUGGUAUAUAGGUAUCGUGGCCUGACAUUUACCUAUAUGACGUAACACAUGCAGUCAAUUUAAAAACUUAAACAAUAACGUGCAAACGCUUCGAAUUAAUUACUAAAGUUAAGGUUUUUGAACUUAUUGUAACUGAUGGACUAUAUUAUAUAGAAUAUAAACUGAUAUUUGGAUGUGGUUUUUGUUGUUUUUAUGUAUUCGGUAUUCCUUAAAGUAAAACAUAAUUGAUUUGCUGCACACAAAGCGCUUUAUUAAAAUAAACUUUUUUUUAGAUAGACUUGAUACUGAAAGUUAGGAAGCCAAACAUUUACAAAGGCUUAUAAUUUAUAAUAAUUAAAAGGACAAAAAGGGGGUAAGCUAGCUCGGAAUUUCUAUCAAAACAAAUCGUAUGAAAAAUGCACACUUUGGCAUCAAAGGUAUUAUAAUGAUAGACUUUAUAUAAUUACUUACUUAAACGAUUAAUUAUAUCGUUUUUCAACAAAAUUAAAAAUCAUAAUGUAAUAUAAUACAGUAUAUCGAAACCACGUGACAAAACAUGUAUUUCUGGGAUUGCCUUCUUUAUAUGGACUCAAAACCAGGUAAUUGUUUAAAAAUAAUUUGAUGGCAAAACCUUUCGGAAUGUUGGGUUCUCAAUGUUCGUCUAGUUUGUAUUUUCUUUGACCUUUUCACUUUUUUGAUUUUAGCGUCACUGAUGAGUCUUUUGUAGACGAAACGCGCGUCUGUCGUACAAUAUUCUUAGCCUGGUAUCUUUGAUGAUUUAUUUUUUUACCAAAAAGUCAUAAACAGAAACUACAUAGCUGCAUGGAUAUUGACAGACUUUAUAACAUAAAAUUAAGUUCAUUGUUUAUUGUUUUGUGAUGCAGUGGACAAAACAUGAAAUACAAUAUGCUGACUAUGUUUCAAUGUAUAUUACACAAAUGUAUAUGUCUGAAGGGACGAUACUUUAAUCCCGUUGGUUGGGAACGUUUAAUUUUGUCAGUUUUUAUGGACUUCAUCUUUUUGAAUAUACCUUGGAGUUCGGUAUUUUUUAAAUACUUUUUUUCCGAUAAGUCUAAAUAAAUUGUUUCUUUUUCAAAAUGUUUUACUUUAUAAAUAAUAAGUAAAAGAUAUUUGUAAAAAAUAGUAAUCAGUUUUCCGAGUUAAAAGUAUUACUGGAAAGAGAUUUGAAUAUGCAAGCACUUUUUAUGUUCGAAAACAGAGGACCGUCAACUUUUGGUUAUAUGUGGCCUUAAUUGAAUUGAUUUUGGAAGGAAUAUGAUGUCAAAAUAAUUUGUUACGUGUUUAUAUGAAAAUUGUACAUAUUUAGAUACAAAUAAAUUUUCAUCGCAGUG